UGUUUGAUGCUCUGGUGUUUGAAAAUAUGCCACCUAUAAGAGGUUCCAAUUGCUCUGUUCCACUAUGUCAGACUUCAGUUAAAAAAGAAAAGAGGACUCUUUCAAAACACACUCUGCCACGUGAUUAUCGAGAAUGGGACAAGUUUGAUGUCGAAAAAGAGUUUGAAAAAAUUGACAGAAAUGUGGAUAAACAUGAUGCACCUGCCAUUAUAAACCAGGGACACCCCAAAAUCAAAACUAAAGUGGAUGCCUCAUUGCUGACACAACAGGAGAAGCUGCUUCUUGCAAAUCGCGAAAAGGAGAAAGGCAAUGAAGCUUUCAGAGCCAACGAUUAUGAGGAGGCUGUUGCAUACUACUCCAGGAGUCUUUCCAUUCAACCGGCUGUGGCUGCAUACAACAACAGAGCACAGGCACAGAUACAUCUCCAGAGCUGGCACAGUGCCAUGAGAGACUGUGAGAGGGUACUGGAGCUGGAGCCUGGCAAUAUGAAAGCCUUGCUACGCCGUGGCACAGUUAAUAAUCACAUGGGCAACUUCCAAAUGGCUGUUGAAGACCUGAGGGUGGUGCUAAGGGAAGAGCCGCAGAAUGCUGCAGCCACGAAACUUCUAUUGGAAAUUGAGAAGAAGAUGAAGGAACGUCAACCCGAGCAGCGAAGCAGAGGCAAAAAAAUCCUCAUCCAAGAAGUAGAAGAGGAAGAUGACAACGAUAAAACCAGAGCCAAAGAGACUGCCCGUCCGGUUGAACCCAGCCAGCCUGUGGGAGGGGAGGAGAGCUCAGCUGCUCCUGUCGAGAGGGGAGACAUGGGUAACACUCAAAAGAAGCCCCACAGCAGAGGGGACGGGGGUCCUCACAGUGAGCCCAACAACUCCCACCACGGACAUCGGAGAGGCAAAGGAGCGAGCGCAGACAAGUACAGAGUCACGCAGGAGUCCAAGGAGAAGGUGGCCAAUGGAUCCGGCAAGAGGGGCUCCACGGCUUCAGCCCCGGCUGAUCCCAGCAGCAGGAAAGAACCUCCGGUCGGAGGAAACGCAGGGGAAACCGUCAACCUUGAUGCUCCAUGUGGAGCCCUGCCCCCGCCUCUGUCCCGGCUAAAGAAUGAAGGAAACCUGCUGUUUAAAAAUGGACAGUUUGCCGACGCACUGGAGAAAUACUCACAAGCCAUCCAAGGCUUUACAGAUUCAGGAAUGAACAGUCCUGAGGAUCUAUGUAUUCUGUAUUCAAACAGAGCAGCGUGUUACCUUAAAGAUGGCAACUGUCAAGAGUGCAUACAGGACUGCACACGAGCCCUGGAGCUGCAGCCGUUCUCCCUCAAGCCCCUCCUGCGCCGGGCCACGGCUUAUGACUCCCUGGAGCGCUACCGCAAGGCCUACGUGGAUUACAAGACCGUCCUGCAGAUCGACAUCAGCGUGCAGGCAGCCAACGACAGUGUCAACCGGAUCACCCGGCAGCUGAUCGAGGAGGAUGGCCCGGAGUGGAGGGAGAAGCUCCCUGAAAUCCCCCUGGUGCCCCUGUCAGCGCAGCAGCACCGCAGAGAGGGGCCGCCCAGUGCCGAGCUCCUGCAGGCCCAGGCCGAGAAGGCAGCCAGAGACGCAGAAAGGAAAGCAGAAGUCCGUUUUACAGCAGUGAAGCAAGAAGGGAACGACUUUGUGAAGAAGGGCCAAUACCAGGACGCACUGGGGAAGUACACUGAAUGCCUUAAGCUGAAGCCAGAGGAGUGUGCUGUCUACACCAACAGGGCCCUGUGCUACUUGAAGUUGGAGAGGUUUACUGAAGCCAAGCAGGACUGUGAUGCAGCUCUCAAAGUGGAUCCGACCAAUAAGAAGGCCUUCUACAGACGAGCCCUGGCUAGCAGAGGCCUAAAGGACUAUAUGGCCUGCAGCUCAGACCUGCAGGAGGUCCUGCAGCAGGACCCCAACGUGCAGGAGGCUGAGAAGGAGCUGGAGGAGGUGACGGUGCUGCUCAGACAGAGUCUGGCCAACGUGUCCCCAGCCAAACCCAGGACGACUGUCCCCAUCACAGAGGUUGCUGGAGACGAGGAAACGCCGGGCGCUGCUCAGUCAGAGAGUCCCAGAUGGGAGGAACCCAUCAACCUUCAGCUGACCAACGCCUACGAGUACGGCCAGGCCCUGAACGCAGCGCGCUGCAGCGGGAACACGGCGGCCUGCGCGGCCCUGCUGGCCUCAACCCCCCCCGAGAGGCUUCCCCACUUCCUGAGCACCCAGCUGGAUGGGAACACCAUCAGCUUCAUCAUGCAAGCACUGGACUCACACCUCCUGGAGAAAGACCCCCACCUGGUGUACCAACACCUCCAUCAUCUGCACACCGCCCACAGGUUCUCGGUUGUAUUGAUGCUGCUGGAGAAGGACGAGCGUCGCCACAUGACCCAGCUGUUUGAGCAUCUGUCUGCUGUGCAGAGCGCAGAGUUCACUAAGAACGAUGUCCAGAAUCUGGCCAACAAGUACAUCUGACCCCCCAAAUCUCCCCCCUCCCCCCUCCCCCCGCUGCAUGAGCAUCUGCACCACUACAACUCUUGGAUCUAUGCAAAACGAUGCACAACAACUGAGUCCACAGACAGGAAGCUGCAGAAGGUGCCGCGGUGGAACUUGUUCACUGCUGUGCUGUAGAUGAACUGAUCACUGUAUGUUUAAGUGACAGUAAGGAAUAUAUUUUUCUGCCCAGAACAUUUUGCUAUGCAGAUUUACUUUUGUACCACCAUUUGCAUUGUACAACAUCAAGGCAGUGGGAUAAUAUGGACCUUUCACUUUAGUGUAUUGAUAAAAAUAUCACUUUAGUGUAUUGAUAAAAAAGGUCCAAUGUACAAUUUCAUGCAACGCUACAGGCACGUGUUCCCCUCUCAGGACUGGCUCAUGUUCCCCGGAAGGAGUCCUUUGUUAUCGAGCUUCAUUCAGACAGCAGCUGAAAUCAGAAAUGAUAUUUAGUUCUGGGUGAAUAGAGCCAAGGAACAUGUGAGCUAAUUUGCUACUGAGCUAAGAAAGGUCUCUGUUGCUUUGGGUUUAAUCCAUAAGAUAAAUUAAGAGUUUUAUUUUGACCAUAUGUACUCUAUGAUCUCUGUGGGGGGAAUGGACCUGCUUUCAUUGCUCUUCCGUGCAGUUUGAUAUCAGUAUCUGUUGAACUGAUAUCAACUGACAGUGUUGUAGGAAACAAGAUUCUAAUGUCUAGAGUCAAAGGCAGUUUUUUGUCUCAUGUCCAUAAGGAAUGACAGGAAGUCAUUCACCCAUUUGUUUACCAGAUGAGCCUCAGCCAUGCAGAUGUGACCUGGAGAGAAGCAGCAUCUGCAUGAGAAGUUCCUCAGACUUCAGGCUAGGGAUGAGUGUGCAGAUACUUCUAGAGAAAGAGUAUAUCUAUAUCACUUUUUAAUGGUUUGGAUUUAUGCAUAAUAAAUCAUACGUAUAUUCACUAAGCUACAUGCGCGUAAUUGUUUGAAAUAUGUCAUUUAUUUGCUAACUUAAAGACAUUCUUUCAAUGUUUAGUAUUUCAUUAUUGAACAUUCCAGUCAUCCAAAAUGAAGAAUGCCUCAAUCCAAACCAUUGUUUUCAAAGGUUUUACAAAUUCUACAUGAAUGUACUAAAUGUAGUCAAGAGGCAAUAACUUCACAUGUUCCACAGUUUCUCCUCACUGCGGUUUGAACGUACUUAAAUAGAGAUGUAUUAACAAUGAGUGCAGUGUUCACAGAGUGCAGUGUUCACAGAGUGCAGUGUUCAGAGAGUACAGUGUUCACAGAGUACAGUGUUCACAGAGUACAGUGUUCAGAGAGUACAGUGUUCACAGAGUACAGUGUUCACAGAGUACAGUGUUCACAGAGUACAGUGUUCACAGAGUACAGUGUUCAGAGAGUACAGUGUUCACAGAGUACAGUGUUCACAGAGUACAGUGUUCACAGAGUACAGUGUUCACAGAGUACAGUGUUCAGAGAGUACAGUGUUCACAGAGUACAGUGUUCACAGAGUACAGUGUUCACAGAGUACAGUGUUCACAGAGUACAGUGUUCACAGAGUACAGUGUUCACAGAGUACAGUGUUCACAGAGUACAGUGUUCACAGAGUGCAGUGUUCACAGAGUACAGUGUUCACAGAGUACAGUGUUCACAGAGUACAGUGUUCACAGAGUACAGUGUUCACAGAGUACAGUGUUCACAGAGUACAGUGUUCACAGAGUACAGUGUUCACAGAGUACAGUGUUCACAGAGUACAGUGUUCAGAGAGUACAGUGUUCACAGAGUACAGUGUUCACAGAGUACAGUGUUCACAGAGUACAGUGUUCACAGAGUACAGUGUUCACAGAGUACAGUGUUCACAGAGUACAGUGUUCACAGAGGGCUGCUCAAUCAACUGGGGAAAUGUUUUCUUCUCUGUGCUAAGGUGAAAUGAAAUAGUUAAAUAAAAAUAAAAUGGAUUAACAGUGCUUGCAUUGCCUGAUAAACAGAG